CACCAUCAGAGUAUAGUAUACCACACUACCAGCAAGAGUCGCAUCUACGCAGUUUAACCCCCAGAUCAGAGUAAGCCUACGUUGCUACAUUCACAUUAUGGAUCCACUGUAUUACUUCUCCAUAAUCGAUUUCCCGCGUUCCUGACAUUGGCUUACUGAGAUCUUCAAUCAGAGGAUGAACUGCUGUCUUUCCUUGGAGGUUUUCAAUCUCAGCUGCUUCAAUGGCUUUUUACAAAUUUAAUGCAGACUUUUUACUGGAGAAAAGAAGCUUUAUCGGUGAAAUUUUCAAUUCUCUCGGUCGAACCGACCACAGUUUUCGGGUCGUUCGUCGAGGAAGGAGGAUUGCUCGCUUUACUAAACCCAGUUUUUUUAUUUGGGUAUUACUGCUUUUUGCUAUCUUCUUGAUUUCUUUUGCUGCCUUUGGCCUCAAAUUUCAACUUCCAGGUAAUUUUGAAAUUUUGGAGAGGAGCAGUUCAUCUUCACAUAAAUUUGAUACUAGUGGUGAUGGAGAAAGAAGCGUCAAGUUUUCGAAUGAAGUCCAGCAAGAAUUUUCUGGGUCUUAUGACGUUGAAAAAACACUAAGAAGCAAGCGCCGUAAACAGCGUAAGAGAAAUUUUCCUUGUGAAGUUGGGUUUUCGGAAGCAGUUGAUUAUCUCAUUGAGCCCCAAGAUUUAAGAAAUUUCACACAAUUUUCACUUCAUUAUGUGGAUACAGAGGAGAAAACUUUGGGAAUAACUUCAUUUCAACCUAGAUUUGGAGGACAUCAGACCCUCCAGGAAAGAGAGAAAUCUUUCUAUGCUAGAAAUCAAACAGUUCACUGUGGUUUUGUUAAGGGGCCUAGUGGACUUCCUAGUACUGGAUUUGAUUUGGAUGAGAAGGACAAGGCAUACAUGAGUAAUUGUCUGGUAGUGGUUUCUUCUUGCAUUUUUGGAACCUCUGACUUUCUGAGGAGGCCUACAAGUAGGAAGAUCAGCCAGUUUUCCAAGAACAUUGUUUGUUUUGUUAUGUUUUUGGAUGAGCAAACACUGUCCAAAGUGUCUUUGGAGGGACAUGUACGUGAUGAUAAAGGAUAUAUUGGUCUAUGGAGAAUAGUUGUUGUCAAGAACCUGCCAUAUGAUGACAUGCGGAGAACUGGAAAGGUGCCAAAAUUUUUAUCACAUCGCCUCUUCCCUUCUUCUAGAUAUUCAAUUUGGCUCGAUAGUAAGAUGAGACUCAACACCGAUCCAAUGCUAAUACUUGAAUACUUUUUGUGGCGAACAAAAUCAGAGUAUGCCAUUUCAAACCAUUAUGACCGUCACUGUGUCUGGGAGGAGGUACUCCAAAAUAAACGUCUAAACAAGUACAAUCACACAGCCAUUGAUGAACAGUUCAACUUUUAUCAGUUUGAUGGCCUUCCAAAGUUUGACCCUUCAGAUCCAAAUAUUCCUCUUCCGAGUUAUGUGCCAGAGGGUUCAUUUAUUGUGCGGGCCCAUACACCAAUGUCCAAUUUAUUUUCAUGCCUCUGGUUCAAUGAAGUUGAUCGAUUCACUUCACGUGAUCAACUUAGCUUUGCAUACACUUACUUGAAACUAAGGAGAUCAAAUCCAGAUCAACCAUUCCACCUAUAUAUGUUCAAGGAUUGUGAACGUAGGGCACUAGCAAAGCUUUUCCAUCAUAGAGCAUUGCCAUCGCCUCCACUUGGUCCUUAAUAAUUGAAAUUUCUUUUGGCAGUUAUGCCUUGCCUGGAACAGGUAUUGAAAGAAGAGAAGCAUAAAAUUCCAGAUUGCCUUGUUGAAAAAUCUAGUUUAAUGGAUCUUUCAAGCUUGUAACACCUCAGACCUAAGCAGUCAGCUCCCUUCCGAGAGGAUGAGAUUUGAUUAGGUGGAUGCCUUAUUAACUAUGGUAAAUGAUUCUAUUCUAUCGGCAAGUAGUUUUCCGCACGGAGAGCUUGGGGCUUUGUUGGACUAAAGUAAUGAGAUUGCAUGAGUGGCCCUUGGCAUCAGAAUUAUGUAGGAGGAGAUUUAUGGGCUUCAUCCCUACAUUAUCAUUCUAAAUUUUAGUUCCAAAUUUAACACCGACCUACUUAGUACCAUAUUUGUGCCCAUAUGCUCAUACACAGGCUGAUUACUGGUUCCAGUUCCACUAUAGUUUGCAACAUCUCUCUCUUUUGAAUAUUUAUCAACAAAUUGUUAGGAGGGAAGGAAAGUGCUAACUUUCGAAGAAAUUUUUUUGUCCUCUUUGUACCCUCUCUCUCUCUCUCUAUAUAUAUAUACAUAUUUUCUAGUGGCAGGUUAGAAUGCCACAUUGUGUUGAGGGAGAAAGAAAGUUGGGGGGAUCCUCCUCACUGUUUGAGCGUAUGCGAUACUGCUGGUCAGUAGUCAAGGUCUUGGCAUUUUACUAACCUGACUGUUCAAGAAUUGUGUAAUUGCAUGUGUAUGCUUAUGCACAGAGGGUAGAGUAUGUAACUGCUUGAGAAUGCUUUAAUGUUAGUUUAAUUUUUCAAUUCAUGACUCCUGGGUCCUUCGUCCACUGACACUUGUAACUACCUAUGAGAAUGCAAGUCAUGCUUUCUUGAAGGUUCUAC